AUAUUGAAUCGCCCGCAUAAGCAAAUGCAACCCUGUUGUGACAUCUCGCUCGUUGGAAAAGCAAAAGCAGGCGCAAAAUAAAUAAAAUUACUUUCGGCCGCAUACAAUUUUCGUUGUACAUUCGCACAAGCAAACCUAUAAAGCAAGAUGAGCUACGCCGCUGAUGUUUUAAACUCGGCCCACUUGGAGCUCCACGGCGGCGGCGAUGCCGAGCUUCGUCGUCCAUUUGAUCCCACGGCCCACGACCUGGAUGCCUCCUUCCGUCUCACCCGAUUUGCGGAUCUGAAAGGUCGUGGAUGCAAGGUGCCUCAGGAUGUGCUCUCCAAGCUGGUGUCCGCUCUGCAGCAGGAUUACUCCGCCCAGGACCAAGAGCCGCAGUUCCUCAACGUGGCGAUCCCCCGAAUCGGAAUUGGACUGGACUGUUCGGUGAUUCCACUGCGACACGGCGGUCUUUGCCUAGUGCAGACCACCGACUUCUUUUAUCCCAUCGUCGACGAUCCCUACAUGAUGGGCAAGAUCGCGUGCGCCAAUGUGCUGAGCGAUCUGUACGCCAUGGGCGUCACCGAUUGCGACAACAUGCUAAUGCUGCUGGCGGUCAGCACCAAGAUGACUGAGAAGGAGCGUGAUGUGGUCAUCCCGCUGAUCAUGCGGGGCUUCAAGGACUCAGCCCUGGAGGCGGGCACCACUGUAACAGGAGGCCAGAGCGUGGUCAAUCCGUGGUGCACCAUUGGUGGGGUGGCGUCGACCAUUUGCCAGCCGAACGAGUACAUAGUACCGGAUAACGCGGUAGUGGGAGACGUGCUGGUGCUGACCAAACCGCUGGGCACCCAGGUGGCCGUCAAUGCCCACCAAUGGAUUGACCAGCCGGAGCGCUGGAACCGCAUCAAGCUGGUGGUGUCCGAGGAGGACGUGCGCAAAGCAUACCACCGAGCCAUGAACUCCAUGUCGCGGCUGAAUCGAGUGGCCGCUCGCCUCAUGCACAAGUACAAUGCCCACGGAGCCACCGACAUCACUGGAUUCGGACUGCUUGGACACGCGCAAACUCUGGCAGCCCACCAGAAGAAGGAUGUUUCGUUUGUCAUACACAAUCUGCCGGUGAUCGCCAAGAUGGCCGCGGUGGCCAAGGCCUGCGGCAACAUGUUCCAGCUGCUGCAGGGCCACUCGGCUGAGACCUCUGGCGGAUUACUGAUCUGCCUGCCGCGCGAGCAGGCCGCCGCCUAUUGCAAGGACAUCGAAAAGCAGGAGGGCUACCAGGCCUGGAUCAUUGGCAUCGUUGAGAAGGGCAACAAGACCGCCCGCAUCAUCGACAAGCCGCGCGUCAUCGAGGUGCCCGCCAAGGAUUAGGUUGUUCGCCCCGAUUGACCAGCCUGACCGCUUUCGUCUACCUUAAGUAUCGUAAUUUUAACGUAACUGCUGCUCCCCUCAGUUGUAACCGGCAUCAUCGGUCUUUGUUUUUUAUGAAAAAGCUUAUCAACACCAGAUUCUCUGAUCACUAUAAUCAUGGACGUCGCUACCGCAAUACGAGUGAAUAAAAUGGAAACACUUGACUCUUUUGUAUCGAGUAAACGAA